AGUAGCAGAAAGUGAGGCUGGCAGGCGGCGGCAAAGGAGCCGGCGCGCGGCGGCGGCAGGAAGUCUGUGCCCGAGAGCAGCAGAAAUAAGAGCCAGGGAGGGACCGCGGCGGCGGCGGCGAGAGCGAAAGAGGAAACUGCAGAGGAGGAAGCCGCGCCGCAGCCGAAGCUGCCCGGCUCGGCGCCCGGCAUCCCCGCCGCCCCUGCGCCCGCGCCGCACCCCCGGCGCCCCCUCCCCAGUGCGCCCCCAGCCGCCCCUCCGCGCCGCGCUCGUCGGCCAUGGCCCGGGAGAACGGCGAGAGCAGCUCCUCCUGGAAAAAGCAGGCUGAAGACAUCAAGAAGAUCUUCGAGUUCAAGGAGACCCUCGGAACCGGGGCCUUUUCCGAAGUGGUUUUAGCCGAAGAGAAGGCAACUGGCAAGCUCUUUGCCGUGAAGUGUAUCCCUAAGAAGGCGCUGAAGGGCAAGGAAAGCAGCAUAGAGAAUGAGAUAGCCGUCUUGAGAAAGAUUAAGCAUGAAAACAUUGUCGCCCUGGAAGACAUUUAUGAAAGCCCAAAUCACUUGUACCUGGUCAUGCAGCUGGUGUCCGGUGGAGAGCUAUUUGACCGGAUAGUGGAGAAGGGGUUUUAUACGGAGAAGGAUGCCAGCACUCUGAUACGCCAAGUCCUGGACGCUGUGUACUAUCUCCACAGAAUGGGCAUCGUCCACAGAGACCUCAAGCCCGAAAAUCUCUUGUACUACAGUCAAGAUGAGGAGUCCAAAAUAAUGAUCAGUGACUUUGGAUUGUCAAAAAUGGAGGGCAAAGGAGAUGUGAUGUCCACUGCCUGUGGAACUCCGGGCUAUGUUGCUCCUGAAGUCCUCGCCCAGAAACCUUACAGCAAAGCCGUCGACUGCUGGUCCAUCGGGGUGAUUGCCUAUAUCUUGCUGUGUGGCUACCCUCCUUUUUAUGACGAAAAUGACUCCAAACUCUUUGAGCAGAUCCUCAAGGCGGAAUAUGAGUUUGACUCUCCCUACUGGGAUGACAUCUCCGACUCUGCCAAAGACUUCAUUCGGAACCUGAUGGAGAAGGACCCGAAUAAAAGAUACACGUGUGAGCAGGCAGCUCGGCACCCAUGGAUUGCUGGUGACACGGCCCUCAACAAAAACAUCCACGAGUCCGUCAGCGCCCAGAUCCGGAAGAACUUCGCCAAGAGCAAAUGGAGACAAGCGUUCAAUGCCACGGCUGUCGUGAGGCAUAUGAGGAGACUCCACCUUGGCAGCAGCUUGGACAGUUCAAAUGCAAGUGUUUCAAGAAGCCUCAGUUUGACCAGCCAAAAAGACUGUCUGGCACCUUCCACGCUCUGUAGUUUCAUUUCUUCUUCGUCGGGGGUCUCAGGAGUUGGAGCCGAGCGGAGACCCAGGCCCACCACUGUGACGACAGUGCACUCUGGAAGCAAGUGACUGGCCCUGGAGAACCUUGGCCAGACUGGAGUCUUCGUUGGGGCGGCCAUACUGGAACCAUUGCUCGAGGGCCAUAGGCGGAGAAUAGGGUCAUGGUCUCGGCUUCAUCCAGCAGCGCACCCUGCUUCGCAGGAUUUCACAAGCGCAAGACUGAGAUUCCCUUGGAUAUGAGGAAGGAAGGCAAGGGCCGCCAAAGGAAAGCUUCUCCCAUCUUUCAUAAACAGAAAUAAGAUGUCCUCUUUCCCAAGUUGGCACAAUCACGGCUGGCAAAUGAGUUGAAGGUCCUCAAAUUCAGCCAGUGCACGACACCUCUGCAUGUUCUGAAACUACUUCCUCCCCAUUCUGUCUACCCACACUCUGCGAAGUCUGCCUUUUCCUUAAACACAUUCCAGACCAAACACUGUUCAGUUUGUUUCAAAAAAAGAAAAUGUAUAUGCCUGUAUGUGACCCACCACCCUUUGGAGGGGCACCCGGCCCUAGGCUGGGGCUGCAGGUGUGCCUGAUGUUUGCAAAAGGUAUUCCAGUCUUUUCGAUGUUCAGAAUUGCAAAUGUGGAGAUAGAAAAGCUGAAACAGACUCCUAAAAGAAGGGUUUCUUUCCUGAAGACUCCAAGAAAAUGAGUGUGCCGAUGAGUUAGCUUGACAACCUCAACUUUCGGGAGCGGGCAGGUGGUCUGAGGAAGGUCAGGGCCCACGCCCCACUCACCCGGCACCUGCUUGGUGGUCCCAAGUGGUCCCAGGGCAUCACGGUCUGCAGCCUGGGCACCCAGUCCCACUGUGAAGUCAGCCCUGCAUGCUGGCCGAGGCCCGGCCACCUCCCGAUGCCUCCAGAGUCAGUGGGAAGGAGUCAGCCCUUCCCGGACUUCCCCGCCACCUCCAGCAGGAGCAGCUCGGCUUGUGGCUCUGGGAGCUCUGCUUUUGCAAACCCAAAAAGGCUGUGCAUUUGGAAGCCAAACGCUCAGCAUGCGGCUGCCGAGUCUGGUUUUGUGGACAAAGCAAACUGUGGAAUGGCUUCUCGGUGUCUAUAUAAAGGAGCACGCGAUCGCAUUCACCCUUUGUACUCACACCGUUUCUGCAUUUGCCAUAUCCGUUUUUUAACCUUUUUGUCGCCAGGGAACUUCUCAUAUGAUUAUUAUGUCUUCUGAUGAUUUGCCAUGUUAUUUUACUUAAAGGUGAUUUUAUUUUCUUAUGGACAGGAAAAAAGCAAAUGAGAGGAGUUGGUUUUAGUCUUAGAGAUCAGACUUCAGCAGGGGCUUGGAAACCCCAAACUCUAGGUCAAUUGCUUCUCGGAGGAAAAUCUUGGUCUAGACAGAUUGAGAUUCCCAGGCUCUCCUGGAAGCCUUAUACUUCGGGGCACAGGGGCCCUGGGGUGUGGUUAGCAACCAGGCUGUGAGGGAGCUAAAAAGGUACAAGAACAUCAGCCUGGAUGUUCAUCUCCCAGCCCUGACGCCUGCCAGUCUCCUUCCCGGGGCACUUCGCCCUGUCAGAGGGACAUGAAAUGCUGUCCAAAUGGUGGCGGAAGGGCAGUGACAUUGCAGCAGAGUCUUUGCUUUGUAAGAUGGGGCGUCAUGUUUCAGAGAACAUUUAUCUCAGUCCCACGUUCAGGUGAGAAGACCUCAAAGGUACCCUCUGUCCAGAAUAAACAUUGGAACAAUUUCUAAAUUGGCUUUGUCCCCGCACAUAAUGUAAUCUCCCUUCUUUCAGCUCCCACAGCAACGAGCAUGCUUCCCAAAAAAUGAGAACGUCAAAAGCAGGAAUGUCCCCGCAUCUACUAUUACCAGGCUUGCAAUUGGUUCAAUAUUUCCAUAAAAACAUGUUUGUCCAAAAGAAGGGAAACUGUGCAUUUAUUCCAUGCAUGUAAGAAACUCUGCAAGAAGUUUCACCCCCGUAGGUUUGCGGCACUGCAAAAUUGUUCAUGGGUCUGUGUAGCAAAUGAUUCUCUGCCUUGACAAUCAUGUGUACAUAUCAAGAUUUCUAUGGUAAUGAUAAUGAGAUUGACGACUUCUUGUUUUCCUCCAAUAAAGACAACUAAUCACCUUCA